AUGUUAAUUUUGCCGGGUGGACCCGCACUUUCGGAAUUUAAAGCCAAUUCAAUAUUAAUAAAGAUACAAGAAUAUGUUCCAAUAAAUAAAAUCACAACUUCGUAUGUUCACUUUAUAAAACCUCGUAAUGAGGAAUCAUUGAAUAUAUUAAAAAAUUCCGAGACAACCGAAAGAAAAAUUUUGGAUAAUUUGCUAAAUUAUGGAAUUCCUGCAAGCUUCAGAAAUAGAAAAGUAAGAGAAUACUUGACGACUUCAAACCCAAUUUCCGAUCCACAUUUUUUAAUUGUUAUACCAAGACCUG